AUAGAAUUAUUCUGCUUUAUAUAAUUUAGAAAUAUAUAAUGAAUUCCGGACCACUUACACCAACUUCUCAAACUUCAAAUCGUCUUAGAUAUAAGCUUGCAACAGAGCUAGUUUUUAUAGACAAUUCAGAUGGAAUAAAAGAUCCUUAUAAUGCUGCUUCUGUGCCUAUUUAUCAGUCAGCUACCUUCAAACAAUCUUCAGCAACCCAAAUGGGAGAGUACGAUUAUAGCCGAAGCGGUAAUCCAACUCGUUCACAUUUAGAAAAUCAUAUUGCAAAAAUUAUGUCUGCCAACCGUGCUUUUGUGGUUACCAGUGGAAUGAGUGCAUUAGAUGUGAUCGCUCGUUUAGUUAAAGCAGGCGAGGAAAUCAUUGCGGGAGAUGAUUUGUAUGGAGGUACCAAUCGUCUCCUAGCGUUUCUCAAUAAAAGUUGCGAUAUUAAAACACAUCAUGUCGAUACAACUUCCGUGGACUCACUUAUGCCAUACUUGCAUCCGACUAAGACUAGACUCAUUUUAUUGGAAUCACCAACGAACCCAUUAUUUAAAAUAUCGGACAUUCCUACCAUUGCAGCUGUCGUGCAUGAGAGAUGCCCAAAUGCUUUGGUAGUGGUUGAUAAUACAAUGAUGUCUCCUUAUCUCCAAAGACCUUUGGAAUUUGGAGCUGAUAUUGUAAUUCAUUCUGGAACGAAAUAUCUUAGUGGACAUCAUGAUUUAAUGGCUGGUGUUAUUGGAGUUAAAGAUGAAGUUGUUGCAGAGAGAAUCUAUUUCACCAUUAAUGCAACAGGAUCUGGUCUUCCCCCGUUUGAUUCGUGGCUGCUUCUUCGUGGUAUAAAGACACUUGGGGUUCGCAUGGAAAAACAGCAAGCAAAUGCUAUGCAAAUUGCAGAAUUCCUUGAAUAUCAUGGUUUCAAAGUUAUGUAUCCGGGAUUAAAAUCACAUCCACAAUAUGAAUUACACCACACUAUGUCCCGUGGACCAGGUGCUGUAUUAAGUUUCGUGACAGGAGAUGUAGAAGUUAGCGAACGAGUUGUUGAGUCAACGAAAAUAUGGGCAAUUAGUGUCAGUUUUGGAUGUGUUAAUUCUUUGAUAAGUAUGCCAUGUAGGAUGUCUCAUGCUAGCAUUCCUGCUGCAGUACGGCAAGAAAGAGGAUUUCCUGAAGAUUUAAUUCGUCUUUGCGUUGGCAUUGAAGAUGCAAAUGAUUUGAUUGAAGAUUUAUACUCGGCAUUAGUAUUAGCUAAUGCUAUUGAUGUUGGUCAGCAAAACGGAAAUGCAUGAUAACGGAUAAUAUCAGCCACAAACUUUUCUAUGAAGUACUUUAUUUAAAUACUAUAAAUGAAAACGCAUAUGAAUCUCACUAGACUCUUAAUAUAAAUUCGCAAUACAUAACAUUAUUUACAUUAUAUACAUUAAAUAAUAAAAAACUUCGCGUGCAUGACUCGGU